UAAAAUUUAUGUUGUAUUGUUUUAAGUUAGCUGAGUGAAAAAGGAGAGCAGAUUCAUAUCAUAGUCGUCGUGUAUCCGAGUCUUUGCAGCAAACACACCCCUCCAACCCCAACCCCAUAUUCUCAACCUUCCUUCCUUCCUACGGUUUAUUCUCUCUUUCAGAGAAAUUUAAAUUAAAAAAUGGGAGAAAGAAAGGUCCUGAACAAGUACUACCCACCAGAUUUCGAUCCAUCAAAGCUCCCUCGGAUUCGGAGGCCUAAGAACCAGCAAAUUAAGGUUCGGAUGAUGCUUCCGAUGAGUAUCCGCUGCAACACGUGUGGUAAUUACAUCUACAAGGGUACGAAGUUCAAUUCCCGCAAGGAAGACGUUGUUGGCGAGACUUAUUUGGGUAUCCAAAUAUUUAGAUUUUACUUCAAGUGCACUCGGUGCUCGGCUGAGCUUGCAAUGAAAACAGACCCACAAAAUUCAGAUUAUGUUGUGGAGUCUGGUGCCAUGAGAAAUUUUGAACCUUGGCGUGAUGAGGAUGAGCAAGUAGAUAAGGAAAAACAAAAACGGGAAUUAGAAGAAGUGGGGGAUGCUAUGAAAUCUCUGGAGAACCGAACACUAGACUCCAAAAGAGAGAUGGAUAUCAUGGCUGCAUUGGAUGAGAUGAAGUCCAUGAAGUCAAGACACGCUACUGUCAGUGUAGAUGCAAUGCUUGAGGCCCUGCAACAUACCGCUGCUCAAAAGGAGAAGAAAUUGGAGGAGGAGGAUGAAGCACUAAUAAAGUCAGUUGUUUUCCAUAAUUCCAAAGAUUUCAUUUGGCGGAUUGAUGAUAAUGAUAAUGAUGAUGAUGAUGAUGAUGAUCUUGACGAUGACAACAAUGGUACCGGUCUAAUUCGUCCUCCAACUAACAGUAUUGAGGCUUCGAGUGCCAUUAUGGUUUCCAAUGGAGUUUCCAGAGGAAAGCGAAAAGAUCCUGAGGCUCCAAUUAGACUUGUUACCAAGUCUUCAACAAUCAUAGUCAAGAAGUCAAAACUGGAGGAGAAAAAACCCGACGAGUGCAGUGGCAGCGUACUGCAGUCGUUGUGUCAAAAUUAUGGGAGUGAUGACAGCGAUUAGAUGAGAAGAUGAAACUUCGCAGCUGAAAUUUUCAACCUUUCAAAUUUUUGGCACCUGUUAUUAUUAGUCUGUUAUAAAAUUUGUUAAAAUGUACAUAAUAUACCACCCCUUUAAUUUGUAUCGGCCUUUUAUACAGCAUGGUUACCCAAGUCUGAUUUCCAGCCCUUCCCAAAAAUUUCUAAUAAAGUAAUAUAAACAUUUACGUGUUUACUCAGUUCAACUUAUUUACUUUCUUCCAAUAUUAAUUAUGAACAAUAAAAUAAUAAUAAAAAGAACAUUUUAAAGAAGAAAAA